AUGCACUACAUUCGUUUCCUGAAGCCUCCACAAAUAACUCGGGAUGCCAAAGUACCUGACCACCACAUACUUUAUGCCAAGAUCACCGUCGUCAACGACCUGGGAGAAAGCUUCUUAUGGUGUGAUAUACCCAUCGAGGCUACCAUUCGGGACAGCAAUGGCGUGACUGUCGCCACACAAAGCCUUGUGUGGAAGUGCGAGAAGAGGCAGCUCGAAGUAAGGUUGGCCAUGAGCGAAAAGAAGGCAAGAAAGGAAAAAUAUCAGCCACCUUAUCAACUCAGCGUGUGGCCUUCCACAGGAGACUUUACGCCUUAUAAUUUGGCAGAGGUGCUCAGCAUAAACAGGGGGCAAACUAAUCGACCGGCGGAUGGUGCCGUUUUACGCGGGUUGAGCGCAAUCUUCAAGGCCACGGCGGAAUCCAUUCGUCCUGUGAUUUACAGACACUUCAAAUUGAAUGGUGGGGUCACUAUGAGUAUUGACGAGGAUACAGGGGAAAGUAUUGCGAGGCAUAUAUGGGACGCUGGUGUCAUCCUCUCAGCCCUCCUCGAGGAGCUAAGCCAGGCUUCCAACAGCCCCCCAGCAGGCCUCCGAUUACUGGGCGACCUGAUCAAAACCGUGCCAUCACCAUCUGUCCUUGAAUUGGGUACUGGUUGCGGAAUUGUCGCUAUCACAUUCGCACUCUCUGUCCCAGCUUCUCGCGUCAUCGCCACCGACCUCGAGGAAGCUGCUGAAGUCGCAUCUGAUAAUCUCGAGCAAGCCACCAACGCGUCUUACCUGAACCUCGAUUGGUCAGAGCCACUACCACUGAGAGUUGCGCAUGAGAACUUUGACUUGAUCUUGGUGGCAGAUUGCACCUACAACCCAGAUGUGGUCCCCUAUCUCGUCUUAACAAUAGCCAAAUUGAUCGAGAAAUCCCCAUCGGUGUUAAUAUGUCUGGCCAUGAAAGUGCGCCACGCCAGCGAGGCAGUAUUCUUUGACCUCAUGAAGGAGCACAGGAUUGUGCAGGUUGGUAAACACAGUGAGAGGGUGGGGAACUUGGGCGACGAAGACGAAUCCGUCGAUAUUUAUUUGUUUAAGGGUGCAGAGGCGGCCAAGGUCUUAGAACGCGCGUCUGGUUUGGCUUAA